GCCGCGUCCGUCUCCCGGGACCCCGCGGUUGCCUUGACUACGGCGGGCGCUGUGGAAGUCGCGGAGCUGCGAGCGCUGAGGCGCGGCGCGGAGCCGGGCGGGCGGAGAGCAUGAGGAGCGGGUGCCUGUGUCAGAUUUGUACCUGCGGGCGUCAUCAUUGUCCACAUGGAACCACAAGGAUUUAUGAAAAUUCUGGCGUGUUUUGCCCCACAACUGAAUAUUUGGAAAAAUAUCCUAUGUAUGGCAAUGUUCUUCCAUCUCAGAGUCUUAAACCCAAGCAGGAAGUUCAAGCAUGCCGUGGUAAAAUGGAAGGAAUAACUACAUUUAAGUCGGAUUAUCGUCCUUAUGAAAUAGUCAAACCACCUCGCCACAUACCAGAAGAAUAUAAACCGAAACAGGGGAAGAUUGAUCUUGGCACCACCUACAAACGAGAUUUUAAUUCCUAUAAAAUGCAGCCUGUGGCAAUAGUCCGCCCUUUGGAAAGACAACAAGUUAAAAAAGAAAAAUUGGACACUGUCCCAACCUAUAAAGAUGAUUAUAGAGCUUGGGACAUUCAGAAAAGUGAACUUUAUAAACCAGAACAAACUUACCAUCCCCCUACCGUGAAAUUUGGAAAUUCAACUACGUUUCAGGAUGACUAUGUUCCUCGGGAGAUAAAGCUUAGGCAAAGCUUUAAACCCUCCUCUGUGGUCAAACGUUCUACGGUCCCUUUUAAUGGUGAUACCAGUUAUUGCCUUGAUUAUGUACCUCAUCAGCUAGAAUUCAAGUCUGAAAGGCCUAAAAAAGUUUACAAACCAACGGACCAACCCUUUGAAGAUCUCACAACUCACCGGAAUGACUUUCAGGGUCUUGUUGGUGAAACUGCAAAAAUCUGCAGACCUGCGUAUACCAGAGUGACCCAAAAUGCUCAGUUUCAAGGAAGCACUGAAUUCCGUGAAAGUUUCCAAUCGUGGGAAAUCCCAACACCUGCAGCCAAGAAAGUACCAGAGUAUGUGCCCCCUACAGGGAGCAUGGAGCUGCACAGCAGGAGCCAUCUGGACUACGUUCCAUAUCAGACCAGUCGCGUGGUUCCCAUCCGGCCAGUUUCUCGUAGAAGAAGUAACAGUUUUCCUUUCCAAGGAAAAAGCACCAUGAAGGAAGAUUUUCCAGCAUGGGAAAGUUGUCGUCAAGGACUUAUUAAGCAGCAGCAGCAGAUCCCCAACCCAUCUGGAAAAUUUGAUGAUUUGAGCACUUUCAGAUCUCACUAUGUGCCACAUGAAUUGAUUCCAACAAAGAGUUGCAAACCUUUAAAUGUUACUUUUAAGAGUUCUGUUCCAUUUGAUGAUGUAACCAUGUACUCUAUAGAGUACACACCGAAGAAACAGGAAAUCUGCCCAGCUAGUUAUCCCUCUCCUCCUGGUUAUAUAUUUGAAAAUACAAAUUCCCAAGGUCAUAAAUUCUUCCGCAAGAUCAUUCCUGCAGUGAAGGCCUUCUAAUCAUCAAAUUGUGCUUAAAACGAAGCUAACUAGCAAGGUGUUGGUUUUUCAAGGGAAAGCCCAAUUUUUAUAGUGAGAAAAAUUUUUUGAGAGGUAUAAUAAUGCUUUGGGUUUUAAACAAGAAAAUUGGAAAGGUAUUAUAGGAGAUCAGAAUCUUAAAAUCCAUUUGUAUUAUUUUAAUCAAGAUUGUUCUUUAAUAUGCAUUUCUCAAGGUUGAAUAAUGUACAUUCUCCUGUGAACUAUUUUAAUACCCAACAUACUGUUUGGUAGCUUGUCCCCAAUCUAUUAUUAUUUAUACUUGUGUUUAUCAUUGUGGCGGUUGUAUGGUUAUGCACAUUACAGUUGUCAUUUACCAAGCACAUCAGGACUAUCUAGAACACCAUGGAAAAUGAUAUAAAUUCCUCCUCCAAGAGAAUAGGAUUCACUUUCCUCAGACUCCUGGUAUACACCAAGUCAAGUUUUGGUGUGUGGCGUGGGGACUGCUCUGCCGCUUCACACCGUGUUCAAGUUAAGAAGAGGCAAGGAAAGGCUCUGUGGGCUGGGAAUCCAAGGACCUAAGUUCUGAUGACAUCAAUUUCUAUUUGCACCACCUUAGGCAAGUGACUCAUGUCUCUGAGCCUCAGUGUCUUCAUUUGUAAAAGGAGAUGUGUUCUCAAAAAAGUUUGUUUUGAGCAUCAGAUUAUAUUAUGCAUUUUGAUCCACAAAGUAAAAGUACACAUGUAAUGGAUUGUGUUAAUAAAUCACUCAAUCUCUUUUUGUACUUGUUUUUUCAUUUUCAAAUUAGGAUAAUUACCCACUCCUCAUUUUCUGGCUGGUGGCCAGGAUGGUAAAAUAACCUAAUUUGCAUUGAGCUUAUGAGUAGUGUGUACUUCUAAGAAGAGCCUUGUCCUCUAAAGUUUCAUGAACACCCAAGAAGUUUUUAUGGAGAAUGUAGAGCUUGGAUUGGGAUAAAUACCUGGGUUUGAAUGACAGUAUUUGCAGAAAGGAAAAACUAGUUGCGAGAGUAGUUUUAGGAAUACCGACAGCUCUGAAGAAAUCUUCAGGGUAAACUCAGGUAAUUUGUGCAUCUAAUUGCCACACUCAUAAUCACUGUUCAGAAGCAGAACCAGGCCCAGGAUGGGUCAUAGUCACCUUGUUCACCUCUUCCAGUAUGAAGAUAAGUGCUGAGAAGGGAGGAAAGAAAUGAUGCCAGUAAGCGAAGUAGAAGCAACAUAACGCAAUUAUAAAUGCUGGAAAUUUUCUAAUGAAUUAAACUCUUAUUGGGUGGCUGGUUUUUUAAAAAAUAAAUGUUUGCAGUGUGGAAGAAUAUGAUUUAGCAUAAAGUAAAUUUUAGUUUUUUAUGGCUUCAGAAUUGUUUCAAAAUAUACUUUAUUGAGAAUAGAUUCAUCAAUGUUUGGUUAAAAUACUUUUAAUUAUUUGAAAGUAAUGUGUUCUUGUUUAUAUUUGCAUUUAUUAGUGAAAAUUGU